CGAAGAGGGUGGAGUUUGGCCGUGCUUUUGGGCAAAUGCAAAUACACCUUUUUUAUCAAUCAAGCCUGGCUGGUAUCGACUUUCUCAAGCUGCAUCCGCUACCAAAAAAUAAGUGAGAUUUUCAUAUCCAACACAAUGCGCUCAUCACCGAAUAUCAUUAUUACCGGUACGCCCGGGGUGGGCAAGACAACGCACAGUGAGAUCCUCGCAGAGAGGACCGGCUUGCGACAUCUUUCAGUGAAUCAAGUGGUGAAAGACAAAGAAUGUCAUGAGGGCUGGAGCGACGAGUAUCAGAGCUGGAUUGUGGAUGAGGACAAGCUUCUGGAUGAGAUUGAAGAUGAUGUCAAGGCAGGGGGCUGUAUAAUCGAUUGGCAUGCCUGUGACCUGUUUCCACGCAGCUGGAUCGAUCUUGUUGUGGUGCUGCGUGUUGAUUCCAAGACGCUCUAUGAUCGUCUGGAGGCCAGAAAUUACGCAGAGGCCAAGCUUCAGGAGAACAUAGAUUCUGAGAUUAUGGAGGUGCUGCUGCAGGAGGCGCGUGAAGCGUUUGAUGAGGAAAUCGUGGUUGAGCUCACCAGCAACAGCUCGACGGAGAUGGAGUCUAACAUAGAUAGGAUUGAGGCCUGGAUCAAGCAGUGGAAGACGGACCAUGCCGACUGA